AUGGCCAUGAUGAAGGUGGAGGUGAUCUGCCUCGGCCUUCAGUUGGCAAAAAGCCUGAGGCUACGGCUAAAGCUACUGCUAAGCAUCUGGCCGUUGGCGGGAGUCCUUGCCGCGCACGUCGCUCCAGAGCCGCCGCGCGCAGUUCUAGUGGUCCACGUCGGUCCAGAGAAAGUUCCUCGUCGGAUACAGGCUCUUCAGAGCUAUGGGAACCUGAAGCUGACCCAAACAGCAGUGACUCAUCCCCCGAUUCCCCCAGAGCAACCGGCAGAGCAGGUCCAGGAUGAGGACGAGGAGGACAUCGAGGACGAGGAGGACGAGGAGGACAUUGAGGACAUCGAGGACAUCGAGGACAUCGAGGACAAGGAGGACGAGGAGGACCACAACGAGGAGAACGAGUCGAUUGUUGCAUGUCUCCAGAAGACAUUGUGCCUUUGUCUUCGGGGACUGCCAGUCGUCUUGGGGGAUGACCCCUCUGCGUUCUUCAAAACCUGCUCGGAUGCAACCGACAAGGACUUGUACAGUGACACUUCAGUGGGAAUCCUCUGCAUUGACGAACAUCCUCAACUCAACCCAUCCAGAGUGAGCAUCGUCUUGGAAGGGAGUGUGGUAAUGGAGGAGCUGGCCAACCUGCCACAGGCUUUCUGUGUCCUUUUUGGACUAAUUUAUGCCUUGCACUUGGACUACCCCAAGUGCAUGAAAAGCACCUUCCACUUUAUUCAACAGGUCAUGCUAAACCUGGGCAGAGUUGAGCUGAAACCCAAAAUUCAAUCUUUGAAGAAUCAGCUAUCUGUAUAA